AUGGACCGCAGUCUGGAUCCAUUCCCGGGUCCGCCGACGGGGGACAGUGACAGACGCCACAUCCCUGGGGCUCCCUGUCAAACUCCUACAGACUCGUACAUCGGAACAGGGAAAUAUACCAGUGGCUGGAUCUCGUACUCUAGCCGAGGGCUGGAGUCCCUAUGCCCCCUCCAGCCGGUCUUCUUUGUCCGCGAUCCGAUCAAAUUCCCUUCUCUCAACCGCUCACACAAGAGACACCAAAGGGAGAAAAAGUAG